AUGCUCGAGACAAGAGUUGAGGCUCAGAAACUAGGAGCCUUGUAUCUGAAUUUGUUUACUGGGUGGUGCUUUACCUCAAAUAAUGCAUGGCAUUCCGGAGGGCGAACUGUUGUUAGCUGGAACCCUUCUAGCUUUAAUGUCAAUAUCUUCAAGUGUACUAGUCAGUUGAUUCAUCUUGGAGUUGCAAAUGUUGACAAUAAGAAUUUCUUUUUUGUUACUUAUGUCUAUGCUUUUAAUGAUGAGGAGGGGAGGAAAAGGCUUUGGAAAGAUCUUCAAGAUCUGUCUGUUAAGGGUCCUUGGAUUUAUGGAGAAGACAUUAUUUAUUCUAAGAUAGAUCGUGUGCUAGCAAACCAAGUUUGGUUAAGUUUAUUCCCUGAUGCUGAGACUAUGUUUUUGAGUGAGGGGUUGUUUGAUCAUACCCCAGCUGUCCUCACUGUUUAUUCAAAUGUCCCUUGUGGUAGGAAGCCUUUCAAGUAUUUCAAUAUGUGGUCUACACAUCCAGAAUAUUUGGAGAAGGUUAAAGUGACCUGGCAGCAACAAGUUACAGGGACAAAAAUGUAUCGAAUAAUUACUAAGUUAAAGGCACUAAAGGCAGUAUUCAAGGAGAUCAAUGCUCAAGGCUACUCUGAUAUAACUAGUGCAAAAAUUCAAGCUAGAGAUCACCUAGCUGAAUGUCAAAAUAAGCUUCAGUGUGAACCCUUAAACCCUGUCAUACAUAUCAUGGAGUUGGAAGCUAGAAACAAGUAUGCUAAGGUUCACAAGGAUUACAUUUCCUUUUUGCAGCAGAAAUCUAAACUAAAUUGGGCUAGAAAUGGUGAUGAAAAUUCUACAUUGUUUCACAUUAGUAUUCGGGAGAGAAGAAGGCACAACAGAAUUCUCUCUAUUGUUAACUCAAAGGGUGAUCGGGUAGAUGAGCCCAUACAGGUUAUUGAAGCGUUUUUAAAUUUCUAUCAGGAACUUCUGGGUGGUAAGCUGCUGCAAAGAAAGAAAGUAUUGGCUGGAGUGAUGAAUCAAGGUCCUAAACUUCUUAAAGAGAUAAAUACCACAGUGCUUACACUUGUUUCCAAAACCAAGUGCCCUAAUACAAUGAAGGAUUACAUACCAAUAGCCUGCUGCAAUGUCAUUUACAAAGCAGCUAUGAAACUGAUUUGCUCAAGACUCAAAACAAUUCUCCCUAGUAUUGUGGCUCAAAAUCAAGGAGGUUUUGUUCAAGGUCGUUUCAUAGCGCACAAUAUAAUGAUUUGCCAAGACUUAGUCUGCCAUUAUGGGAGGAAAUCAUCAAAAGUCAGUUGCUUAAUUAAGCAAGAUUUACAAAAGGCAUAUGAUACCAUUGAAUGGAGUUUUAUAGAAGAAGUGUUGUCUGGUUUCCAUUUCCCUGAGCUUUUUAUUCUGCUGGUCAUGACAUGUAUAAGAACACCACGAUUUUCACUUAUGCUUAAUGGGUCGAUACAUGGAUAUUUUGAAGCUAAAAGAGGGUUGCGACAAGGGGAUCCGAUGUCUCCUCUUAUUUUUGUGCUGGGAAUGGAAUACCUCACUAGAAUAAUGCAUAAAGUUUGCCAGAAAUCAGAUUUUAUUUUUCAUAACAAGUGCAAGAAACUGAAGUUAAAUCAUCUCAUUUUCGCAGAUGAUGUAUUACUGUUUUGCAAUGGUGAUUACAAGAGCAUUUUCUAUCUACUACAGGGCCUCAAGCUAUUUUUGCAAACAUCAGGACUGCAGCCUAAUGCUUCGAAGUCUGCAAUAUAUUGCAGUGGGAUGAAUACUAAUGAGGUCCAUCGCAUUUUGGAAGCUUCAGGAUUUAGGAAAAGUGAGGUUCCGUUCAAUUAUUUAGGUGUCCCCAUCUGUGCUAAACGGAUCUCUGCUAAGGAAUGUAGCUUGCUGGUGGAUAAAAUGACAAAUAGGAUCAGGUCUUGGAGUACAAGGAACAUCUCAUUUGCAGGUCGGGCAGUCUUGAUUAACUCUUUUCUCCUUUCAAUCCAUUCUUAUUGGAGUCAAAUUAUGUUGCUGCCCUGGAAGUUGAUUAAAGAGAUUAAAGCUAUAUGUCGUGCAUUCUUGUGGAAUGGUCAACAGAUGAUGGUUGGAGUAGGGAAAAUAGCUUGGGAUAGUAUAUGCAAGCCUAAAGCAGCAGGAGGUAUAGGCUUAAAGAAUAUUUCUGAAUGGAACAAAGCAGCUAUGUUCAAGUAUGUAUGGGUUGUAGCAACCAAAGAAGAUAAUUUGUGGGUUAGAUGGGUGCACAGUGUGUACAUAAAAGAUGGAGAAUGGUAG